AACCCAUCACCAGAAGAACGAUAUACCGGUCGAAGACAGUCACCAUCUGCUCUACCUCGACAAUCAGAAUGUGGAAUCGCACAUGUGGGGCUACCGGCUCCGCGCUUAAGCUCGCGAUGACGUCGUGUGUAGAUAAUCCUCGUUUUCGGCGCGGAUGAGCUAUGCCCAGAGUCUGAUAUCUCUGCUUUUAAAGAUUGCAAUAUUGAUGCAGAGUUUUAAGAUCUGUUAUCCAUCCUUACGAGAUCCUUCCGACGCGUAUCAAAAUGGACUAUGAACCCCUUGUGCCCCCUAUCCCCGCCCCAGACCUUAAGAUACCAAAAUCAGAGGCCACAGUCGAGAUAUGCGCCAUUGACUCCGGCGCCCGCUUCUCCCUCCCCAUCGACCCGUUUCUGACGCCAAACAUCGCCGACAAAACCCGCCUCUCCGGCCCUGCAUUCUCCUUUCUCAUCACGCACCCCAGCGGUCGGCGCAGCGUCUUCGACCUCGGCAUCCUCAGCACACUGACACAGUACCCGCCCGGCAUCCAAACCAGCAUCGCGAACAACGGCUGGGAAGUCACGCCAGGCCGCGACAUAGCACGUAUACUCACUGAAGACAGAGGCAUCGACCUGGACAGCGUGCACGAGGUCAUCUGGUCGCACGCACACUGGGACCACGUCGGGGCGCCAUGGCAAUUUCCCGCGCGCACAGCGCUAGUCGUGGGACCGGGGUUCCGCGAGGCCUUUCUGCCGGGAUAUCCGGCGGAUGAGAGCAGUCGGGUGCUGGCUCGUAGCUGGGAGGGGCGCGAGCUGCGGGAGGUGGAUUUUCGCUCGGGGGCGCAGCUGCGCGUGGGUCGUUUUGAGGCGGUGGAUUGGUAUGGCGAUGGGAGCUUUUAUCUGCUGCAUGCGCCGGGGCAUGCGGUGGGGCAUAUGUGUGGAUUAGCGAGGACGACGCCGGGGACGUUUGUGUUUCUGGGCGGCGAUGUGUGUCAUCAUGGUGGGGAGAUGAGGCCGACGGAGUAUGUGCCGUUGCCUAGGGAGGUGACGCCGGGGAUGGUGCCUCGCCUACGGAGUGUGUGUCCGGGGAGCGAGUAUGUGGAUGGGCAUCCGGAGAAGAGUGGUGUCAAGCCAUUUUAUCGGAUGACGGAGAGUUUUCCGAGUGAUAUUGGGGUUGCGGAGUGGAGCUUGGAGGGUACGGAGGAGUUUGAUGCGUGUAGAGACAUAUUCGUGUGUUUGGCGCAUGAUGAGAGUUUGCUGGAGGUGUUGGAGUAUUUGCCGAAGACGAUGAAUGGGUGGAGGGGAAGGGGAUGGGGUGAGAAGGUGAGGUGGAGGUUCUUAGGAGAUUUUGAGAUUGGGGAGAAGGAUAGAUAGGAUUGGAACAGGGAAGGGGGUCUUUUGGCGUAGAGGCGUCCAUAGACAAGAU